AUGAGCGUGCCCGGGGCGCUGCUCGCCGUGCCGCUGCUCCUGCUGCAAGGGGCGUUUGCAGGGGCUGCCGGUGACUCUGUGGCUCUGAAGGAAGGAGAAAAUCUGAACCUGAACUGCACCUUCAGCACCCUCAGCGACCACAACUUCACCCUGCAGUGGCUGAACCCUCGGAAUUUCACCAUUUUCCUCAAUGCCCAGCAGGUUCUGAGGGACCGGAGGUACAAACUGCUGCGCUACUCCAGGGAUGAACUGUCCAUCCAGCUCUCCAACCUGACCCUGCAGGACGAGGGAAUUUACCGCUGCCUGCGCUACACCCGCCACGUCAGCGCCCAGCGCCAGAACGUGCAGAUUUUGGCUCCUCCUUCCCACCCAGUGCUGGAAAUCUCCCAGGAUGAGGGAAGGGGCAUCCAACUCUCCUGCCACACCUGGGGGGGCAGACCCCAGCCCCAGAUCUCCUGGCUCUUGGACAAUGGCAUUGAGCUCCCAGGUGACACCAGGCACGAGCUGGGCGCCGAUGGGAGCAGCUGGAGCAGCAGGAGCACCCUGAGGGUGCUGAGCUACAGCCCCGCGGUGACAGCGACAGCCACAGCCACAGCCAGCUGUGCCAUCGGGCACCCUGCGCUGGGGGCACGGAGACUGGUGGCACCUUUCACCUUCCAGAACCUUCCCAGUGCGGGCUGCAAGCAAGCAAGCAGACCUUCAGAGGAUGCAGAAGUUCCCAGCUCAUCAGAGAAUUCAGCAGUUCCCAAUUCUCCAGAAAAUGCAGCAGUUCCCAGCCCUUCUGCAUCCCCAGAGAAUACAGAAUUUUCCAGCAGCCCCUCUGCAUCCCCAAAUGAUCCAGGAGUUCCCAGCCCCUCUGCAUCCCAAAAAAAUCCAGGAGUUUCCAGCCCUUCUGCAUCCCCAGAGAAUCCAGAAUUUUCCAGCCCCUCUGCAUCCCCAAAAGAUCCAAAAGUUUCCAGCCCUUCUGCAUCUCCAAAUGAUCCAGGAGUUUCCAACCCUUGUGCAUCCCCAGAGGAUCCAGAAACUUCCACCCCCUCUGCAUCCCCAAGGAAUCCAGAACUUUCCAGCCCUUCUGCAUCCCCGAAAGAUCCAGAAGUUUCCAUCCCCUCUGCAUCCCCAGGGAUUCCAGCAGUUCCAGCCCAGCCAAACCUCACGGAUGUCACACUGCACGAGCAAAAUCCCGAAUCCAAAGGGCUCCUGAGGAAGGAGAAGGAUCUCCUGCUGCCCAUGCUGGUGGCUGCUCUGGUCCUGGUGCUGCUCAUCAUCGUGCUGCUGUUCAUGGUGAAGCUGAAGAAAGCUCACGGGGCGUGGAAGAGAGAAAAUGAUGUUUCAGAGCAAACACUGGAGAGUUAUAAAUCCAGAUCUAAUGAAGAGAGUCCAGGCCAUGAGAAGAACGGACAAGUGGGAAAUCCCAAAUCCAACAUGCAAUAUGUAACAGAAGAACACGUGGAAACCCCAGAGAAGAAUUUGGAAACUGCAGAGAAAAUUCCAGAAUGCCCAGAGAAGAACCCAGGUGACAAAAUCACGGCAAUAAAUGAGGAAAUGUUCACGUGUGGAAGGGAGACAGACGUGUAA